ACCUAGCUAGAGAGAGGAGCUCACAGGUCCGCCCUGAGCCCGCUCGCAAACCCCCUCACAACCCUCGCCGCCGCCGGCCGCUCCGCCCCGCCGUCGCCAUGGGCAACUUCCGCAAGCUCAACCGCCCCGCCGCCCACCGCGUCUCCAUGCUCAGGACGAUGGUGUCGCAGCUGGUGAAGCACGAGCGCAUCGAGACCACCGUCGCCAAGGCGAAGGAGGUGCGGCGGAAGGCGGAUCAGAUGGUGCAGCUCGGGAAGGAGGGUACUCUGGAUGCGGCAAGACGUGCUGCUGCCUUUGUUCGAGGUGAUGAUGUUGUUCAUAAGCUAUUCACAGAGCUGGCCUACCGGUACAAAGAUCGGGCUGGUGGAUACACAAGACUCUUACGCACCAGGAUACGUGUUGGUGAUGCUGCAGAAAUGGCAUACAUCGAGUUCGUGGACAGGGAGAACGAGCUUCGAGAGGCCAAACCUGCAACCCCACAACCGCCCCAACGAGCCCCUCUUGAUCCAUGGACGAAGUCUCGUGCUAGCCAACAGUGGGCAGGACCUAAGCUCACCAAGAACUCCGCAUCAGAUGGCCUAUGAGAACAAUAGCAAGUGUAUCCAUAGUUUGAAGAAGGCUUCAUUUAUUUGCUUGAUAUGCAUAUGGAAUUUUUCUCUAGAAAUAACUGGCAAUAGAAUAAUUCGAACUUGUACUGUUAUACUGUAUACUCAUGAGAUGAAUGCUUCU